AAGAAGAGCCAAAAAUACCCUCUUCUCCUCUGGGGCCGGCCGUCUUCAGGGCCCUCGGGCUGCGUGUUGGACUGGCAGCUCACGGAGAUUCACCAAAACCAUGAUUUAAACGUGGCGGAUCCCGCACCCCUGUGGAUCAGAUGUCGUGAACCGUUUCUGGGCUGAGCUGGUUUUUCAGUGCAUCAGGAAGCAUGGAGCACCAAGCGUCCAUCAUGUCUGACUGGGUGCUGCUUGGGCUGAUUGCGGUGCUGGUUGUGCUGCUGCUGCUGACCGUCUUCGGUUUCGUUGUCUACUCGGGGCUCUUCACGGAGGUGGUUGUGAGUGCUGGCUCCCCGCCUGUCGGCAGCAUCACGCUGGCCUACAAGUUCAGGGUAGGCGCGUAUGGUGAAUCCGGGCAGCUUUUCACGGACGGCUGCAGCAUCUCUUCGAAGCUCUGCUCCAUCGGCGUCUACUACGACAACCCUCACACGGUGCCUCCAGAGAAGUGCCGCUUUGCCAUAGGCCGAAUCCUGAGUGAGGGAGACGCAAAGCCAUCGGGAGAGCAGAUCAAGCGGUUCCAGAAGUAUGGCUUCAAGAUCUUCUCCUUCCCUGCUCCCAGCCACGUGGUCAUGGCGACCUUCCCAUUCACUACGCCGUUGUCCAUCCAUCUAGCAGUCAACCGUGUCCACCCAGCCCUUGACACCUACAUCAAGGAGAGGAAGCUGUGCGCCCACCCCCGGAUCGAGAUCUACAAGGAGGACCGCAUCUACUUCGUGUGUCCCCUCGCCCGCCAAGGGGACUUCUACGUGCCUGAAAUGAAAGAACUGGAGAGGAAGAGCAGGGCUGCUGCAGCUGAGGCCGAGGAUGCCCAGACAGACAUCACAGGGGCUGACACCAUGAGUGAGACGAGCUCCAUCAGCAUGGAGGCCACAACCGACAGCAGAGACACCUCGGUGGCCACCUCCAUCCUGCUGCCCUUCCCAGCCAGCCGUGGCCGGGAGGAGGCGGACAACCGCAGCGAGCACAGCUACAGCGAGUCAGGAGCCAGCGGCUCCUCCUUUGAGGAGCUGGACCUGGAGGUCACCGGGGACGGGGAGGGAGCCCCAAGCCUGCUGCCCGACAUGGGCUACGUGGGCAACCAGGAGGUCACAGACAAGUGGACCAAGGAGCCCAUUGCUGCUGAGAGAGGGGAAGAGUGAAGCAGAGACCUGGCUGCCUCAUCUCCCGCUGGGGUCUAAGUUACUGGGAACCGGUUGCCUUUCCCACCUCCUUCCUCUCCAGCCAAGAGAUUUUGGUCACUGAUUCCCGCCGGGACCCGCUCUCCCUCUUUGCAGAAAGGGUGUCUGACCGUUUUGGGGAUGCCGGGAGGCGGGGGGGU